AUGCCAAGGUCACAAAUUUUCCCAAUGUCCGGUUUCCCACUCGUAUCUGAGAUUGCAGACAACUUGCGCCGGAUGAGACGACGUGUGGCAGUUGAUGGCGAGAAGGGGUGUUACUUUGUAACUAUUUCCCUGCGGUAUCAUUAUGAAAUUGAAGAUCGCGGUUCGCUUGAGAAGCCCACCAAUGAAAUUACUGAUAAAGUCCAGCUAACGUAUAAUACCUUUCGCAAGAUGGGAACCAUGUAUGUAGAUUUAUACGAGACUCCUUUAAUUGUCAAUGCCAGGAAUGAAAAUAUGUUCACGCAAUCGAACCUCGCGAUAAGCAUUUUCCGCCUCACAGAAGAUAAUCAUAUUGCGAUAUUGGUCAGACUUAUGGGUAUGUUGGAUGCAUCAUUGACUGCCAGAGAAUUGAAUAUGAAAAUUAGGUACGGAGGUGUUUCGCGAUGUGUGAUUGUUCUCGGAAUGAAUUCUCAAAAAACCAUGUCAUGUCGAACCAUGUCAUGGUCAGGAACGAUGGCUACAAAUCCAAUUAGGGCUACCAACGGUGAGCCGGUUGUGACUCCUCGACUCAACUGGUUCUGGCCCACCGACGAAAAGUUUGAAUUAAUUAGCCAUAAGCGUGAUGAUUUUAAAAUCGAUUAUGAGGAGGGCCUAACUUUUCUUGAGCCUCAUAUGAUAGCCACAGUCAUCUGUCGUUAUGUAAACAGUUUUGAUUUGGGUGAUCAAUAUCAAAUUGCACAAAGUUGCAAUAUGUUGCUACUCGCAUACCCCGAGGCACCUUUGACUUUGCCUCUGCCUUCGCACGUAUAUGAUUUGAUUGUAGCCCGUCCAUACGGGUUUGUAGAGAAAACGUCGCCUUUAUUACAAUUGCAUAAUUCCCACUAUGACAUGUUCAAGGAUACUAUUUUAAAACUUUGGUUGGCAAGUUAUGUACCGUGUCUUAAUGAUUUAAUUAUAUGGUUAAUGGAUGAUUCGGAUAAUACUCACCGUACAAGCCCAAGUGCGACAUAUGACAAUACCUUUUCCACUUCUUCUUUAGAUGAUUCUACGUUACGAAUACAAAUAAAUGAUUAUGAUACUUAUCAAUCAUUUCCAACUAAAUUGGAUCAAUUCUAUACUCAAGUAUCACAAGUACCCAUCAUCCGAAUAUAUGGAUCUAUAUCAAUAUCUCCGCAACAGCAACGUAGUUCAGUUACUCAGUCUUCAUCAUUGCUGCCUAAUAAAAGGCAGAAAAUUCAACAGCAGUCUCCUGCUACCCUGAUGGUAUUCAAUACGGUAAUUCACAUUCAUAACUUUUAUCCUUAUAUGUAUGUUGACUGCCAUGAGAAUGUUGAUACAUUGAAACGGAAUUCAAGGGAUCAUAUCAAUAAAGUAAUAAAUUACUUGGAACUGGCCUUGAGGGAAUCAUAUAAGUCAAGACGUGGAAAACGAAAGAAGACCCCUGCAGAUGAUGAAAUAGAUGAAGAUGGAGAUGACAGUGAUCUCGAAGAAGAAUCUGAUAAUACGCCUGAUCCACAAAAGCGAAAGUUUAUUGCUAACGUAUCCAUUUGCAAGGCGGUUCCAAUAUAUGGAUUUCAAAUAGGUUAUAAGUUGUUCUAUAAGAUUUCUUUACUUUCACCAAACUAUAAGACGCGUCUAACCAAGUUAUUCCACGAUAUGACUUUGGAUCUAACGACCAUAGGCAAAGAACCUAAUGAACGUGUAACGCGUCAUCCUAUCCCUCAUUACGUCUAUGAAUCUCAUAUUCCGUACUUGUUGCAAUUCCUUACUGACUUCAAUUUAUUCGGAUGUGGGUGGCUACACAUAGAUAAAGAUCAUAUUCAACAAGGUGCAAAUCCUAAGCAUGGUCUCUAUUUCCGAUCUCCCAUAAUCCCAAACAUUCACAAAUCACUGGCAUAUACAAAACCGAAAAUGGAUGUACUAGCCAAAUACUUAUCUCGUUUCAUUAAACCCGAUAAUGUCCUAAAUCAGGUUGACGAAGUGGGAUCAUUGCUGUACAAUAGAAUCGGAAAAUCGGUGUUGGAAUUAGAUAUAAGUACUAGUUGUAUAAUAAAUCGAUCUUGGUUAACUCCUAGACAUCUACAUGAUGAUUUUACAGAACGAAAAGAAUACAAGAAAUAUCUAGACGAGUUAUCGAUUUCAAAAAAGGAGAAACAUGGCUAUAAAUAUGACGAAAAUUGCCAUCCUAAGAUUUAUUUAUCUUCGUUACGACAAAUCUAUAACGAUUUAAAAUAUCAAUGUCAAACCAGAAAUUCUGAUCUAAAUCUACAUGGUGAUGUCUUGGCUACAUCAGAUAAGAUAUCAUAUUUCGGUACUGGAACUACUACGGAUUGGUCGAAUCAAGGUCAAUUGGAUGAGUUCUUGGAAUAUGUGAUUAAGUUGACUGGAAAGAAUGAUAUCAAGGAUUGGGAUCGAAUUUCAAAGAAAUAUAUUAAGAAUAAAAGAAAAUCAAAUAAUGAUGGAGGUGCCGAGAUUGACAUUUUUGCUGAUUUUAAGACAUCAUUUGAACUUGUGGAUUAUGAAAAGGACUUAGUUGCAAAUAUUCAAGAAAUGAAAUUUGGUGAUGAUCUUUUACGGUGGCUGAAAUAUGAGAGUUUAUUUGAAUCGACCCAAGACAGCGAACAUCCGAAUGGGAUUUCUUCUUCUGCUGCAAAUACAUUGAGCUUUACUAAUAGUCUUUCAAUAUCACCAACUCCUAUAGAGACGGAUGUUGCAAAGACUGUUGCUGCUGGCGGCACGCAAGAUAUGGGGAAACAAACAAUGUCAUCCGAAUUUGAAUUUUCUGAUUCCGAAGAAGUAACAGACAAACCACCAGCAUUACCAACAGAAAUCGAAGAGGAUUCAAUCAUAUCAGAUAUUGAUGAAACCCAGCUUGGCGAAUUUGAUGAAAAUAUGCUUCGUUCCAUGACGCAAAGAAAGAUUCAAAAUACACAAAGACAGUAUAAUGGUUCAGCUUCACGAUUGGAAAGUAUUUCUGAAUUUUCAUUUACUCCCACACCUAUCUCCAAUGAGGAAAACUUGGGCGUAUUCAAGAAUCUAUUGAUUGGUCAAAAUACCUACGAAAUUCAAGUUCCUCUGGAAUUGCUUCCUGAGAACCGUAAUUCUGCUUUUGAAAAUGCUGGGAUCUUAAAGAUCAACUAUUCCGAUCCGUUCUAUGACAAGAAAGCCGAUGUUCCCCAGAGGCCAUUAAUAUUUGCAAACAAAAAGAUAGUGGUUCCUCUUAAGGAUGAAUCAACGCUGAUUCCAUAUCUUGAAAUGUCAAAAUUGCUUCGAUCAAUUCCGCUACUGAAUAAAUAUAAGAAGCAACUAUAUGCCAACCAAGCACAAACAAGUCGUCAGUUUGCAACGUGGCAGUACGUGCCUGAACCACCGCUGAAACUAGAAGUUGCCGAAUGGCUCAAGAAGAAAGAGCAGAAGGAAAUCAAUAAACGAAUCAAAUAUAGAUCACAAAUAGAACCUGGUAUAACUCAAUCUCAUGAUUUCAAAUAUACUUACAAUUCAGAAAAGAUGACGAGACGUCCAGAUGGAUUUAAUUCAUUAUGCAAUUUUCAUAUGGAGAUACAUGCCGAUCCCCCAAAUUCGAAACUCAAGGUGGAUCCAUUGCGUGAUCCAAUUCGAUUAAUCUUUUAUUCCUAUCAAGAUGGAAAUUGUAUGUUUGAGGAAUGUGAAUAUAAAUCUGGAGUUUUAAUGUUCAAUCCUACUCCAUUCUCUGAGAGUAUAAUAUCUGGUUUAUCUGUUUCAUUAGAUAAGUUGCAUAUUGAAGUAUUUGAAGAAGAACUAUCAAUGGUAACCAGGUUAGUACAACUUGUUGAAUUAUUUGAUCCGGAUAUCUUAUCAGGAUAUGAAAUUAUUUCAAUGUCAUGGGGUUAUUUAAUUGAAAGAUUAAGGAAAGUGUUUGACAUUAAUAUUUUAUCAGAUCUUAGUCGUGGGACGUUUAAAAGUAAUGGGAAAUUAGGUGAUAGAUGGGGAUAUACUCAUACUUCCAAUAUUCAAAUUAAUGGUCGACAUAUGGUUAAUGUGUGGAGAGUCAUGAGAUCGGAAAAGAGUUUAACUAGUUAUUCACUUGAGAACACAGUCUAUCAUCUAUUACAUCAUUCUAUUCCAAAAUAUCUGACCUAUCAAUUAUCGCAAUGGUUAAACAGUGGGAAAUUUCAUGAAAUGUUGAUCCCCUUGAGAUAUUAUACCAAGCGAAUUGAGUUGGUAUUGAAAAUUAUCGAAACGCAGGAAUUAAUAACCAGAAAUGUCGAACAUUCUCGAUUAAUUGGGAUUGAUUUUAAUUCGAACUUUUACAGAGGAUCUCAAUAUAAAGUGGAAUCCAUCUUAGCAAGAUUAACAAAAGUAGAAAGCAUAUUACUAAAUUCACCAUCUAAACAACAAGUCCACCAAAUGAAACCUAUUGAAUGUAUACCAUUGAUUUUGGAACCAAUGUCGAAUUUCUAUAAAUCCCCAUUAGUCGUUCUUGAUUUCCAAUCAUUAUAUCCGCUGAUUAUGAUUGCAUAUAAUUAUUGUUAUUCAACACUUCUUGGGAAGCUUCAGAAUUUUAAACCAGGGAAGAAUGGAAUAGGAUAUCUUCAAAACCUAUCGAUUCCACCAGGAUUAGUUGAUCUUUUGAAACAAGACGAUGCUAUCACAACAUCUCCUAAUGGAUUUAUAUUUGUGAAAAGUCAUAUUCGAAAAUCAAUCCUUGCCAAAAUGUUAGAAGAAUUCCUUAAUCUAAGAAUCAAAGUUAAGACAGUGAUGAAAUCAUUUAAAGAUGAUACCGAAUUAACGAAAUUGUAUAAUUCACGACAAUUAGCAUUGAAAUUGAUCGCAAAUGUGACCUAUGGAUAUACAUCAGCUACAUUUUCCGGCCGGAUGCCAAAUUCAGAUAUAUCAGAUGCCAUUGUUUCCACUGGUAGGGAAAUCUUGAGUAAAUCAAUCGAAUUAAUUGAGGCGGGUGGGAAAGACUUCGAUGGUGCAAAAGUAGUAUAUGGAGAUACAGAUUCGUUAUUCGUGUACUUUCCUGGGAAAUCUAAAGAUGAAGCAUUUAAAUUAGGUAAGACCAUUGCUAAUUAUAUCACGAGUGUGUUUCCUGAUCCUAUAAAAUUAAAAUUCGAAAAGGUUUAUCAUCCAUGUAUAUUACAAACGAAAAAGAGAUAUGUUGGAUAUGCUUAUGAAUAUGAGGAUCAAAAGGUACCUAAGUUUGAUGCAAAAGGUAUUGAAACUGUUAGAAGAGAUGGUAUUCCUGCCCAACAGAAGAUGAUGGAAAAGACAUUGCGUAUAUUAUUCGAGACAAAAAAUCUUUCAAAAGUUAAAGAAUAUGUAUUGAAACAAUUUUAUAAGAUAUCAAUUAAUAAGAUUUCAAUUCAAGAUUUUUGUUUUGCUAAAGAAGUUAGAUAUGGGACAUACAAGGAUGAAAGAUAUUUACCACCUGGUGCAGUAGUGGCAAGUAAGAAAGUUGAAGAAGAUGCAAGACAGGAACCACAGUAUAGAGAACGAGUAGCAUAUGUUGUUGUUCGGGAUUCUUCCAAAACAAGAAUCAAGGAUCGAGUAAUGUCCCCUGAAGAUCUUAUAAAGACCUAUAGUACUGAUAAUCCACUAGUUCUAGAUUAUGAAUAUUAUAUCACAAGAGUUUUAAUUCCUCCAUUGGAAAGAAUUUUCAAUUUGAUAGGUGCAGAUAUUAGAGGUUGGUAUCGAGAAUUACCCAAAUUUACCCAGCUUCUUUCAAGAUUACCUCCAGCAGGAGGAACACUUAACGAUGCGGGUUUCAUUACUGUUAAUUCAUGUUUAUGUUGUGGGAAAAAGUUGGAUACUUUAAAUUCAGUAAUCUGUCUGACAUGUAAGAAUAAUGAACUACAAGUAGUUACUGAUGUAGCUAUGAAUUGUCGAGAGAUUGAGGCUGCUAUCAAUGGUAUUGAGGAUUUAUGUAAAGAUUGCGUUCAUAAUACGUUUUCGAAUCAUGUAGUUGGAGGGAUGGGUAUGACCAAUGUAUGUGCGAAUAAUUGUACAAAUUUGGAUUGUACAGUGUAUUAUAAUAAAUUUAAAACAAGGAAUGAAAGUAAACAGGCUUAUAAUAGAAGAGACAAAAUUUUCCAACAGCUAGACUGGUAG